GCUCGCCUGUGCGCGUUCUCUCGAGCCUGUAGGAGGUGGAGGAGAGCGCGAGCGCGGCCGCUCCUCACAGGGCUCACAUCUCCGGCAGGCAUCCCUCCUCAUCCGUUCAACCCCUGUACCAAAAUACACUGUAGCAAUGCGGCAGGACGGAUCCAUGCAGAUGGCUGCGCCACAGAAAGAGAACGCCGAUCAGAACUUUGACUACAUGUUCAAACUGCUGAUCAUUGGAAACAGCAGCGUGGGCAAAACAUCGUUCCUCUUCCGCUACGCUGACGACUCGUUUACGUCGGCAUUCGUCAGCACGGUUGGCAUCGAUUUCAAAGUCAAGACCGUGUAUAAGAAUGACAAGAGAAUCAAGCUGCAGAUCUGGGAUACAGCAGGACAGGAGCGCUAUAGGACCAUCACAACAGCCUACUACCGUGGAGCCAUGGGCUUCAUCCUCAUGUAUGACAUUACCAAUGAGGAGUCAUUCGGAGCAGUGCAGGACUGGUCAACCCAGAUAAAGACUUACUCCUGGGACAAUGCACAAGUCAUCCUGGCUGGUAAUAAGUGUGAUAUGGAGGAGGAGAGAGUUGUGUCUGUGGAGAGUGGCAGACUGCUGGCCGAACAGCUCGGCUUCGAGUUCUUCGAGACAAGCGCAAAGGAUAACAUCAACGUGAAGCAAACAUUCGAGCGCCUUGUUGAUAUUAUCUGUGACAAAAUGUCCGAGAGCCUAGAGACUGAUCCUGCGGUUACCACGGGAACGCAGGGCAACGCCAGGCUAACAGACAACCCGCCACCAUUACAACAACCCAACUGUGCAUGUUAGUGCAUAAGAGUCCUGUGUGUACCUCUGUGUGUGUGCGCGCGUGUGUGUGUGUGUGUGUGUGUGUGUGUGCGUGCGUGUGUGUGUGUUUCCAAUACAUGGGCUUCUAUAGGUCGAGGCAUAAAACCUUUAACAUUGCAGCUCCUGGAUAGAGCAAGCUGAAUCUCAUUGUUCAGAGACAGCAUGUUGAGGGUCAUGUGACACUCAGCUCAACGCUCCUCCCAACAUCCCAGAUUGCAAUAGAAUGAAACUCAUUUAUGAAAAAAGGUGAGGAAAAGGGGGUUGAAAUGCCUCAACACUUUAGUGACAGAAAGCUCUGUAUAUAUUAGCAUUAGCAAUCCAGUUAGCAUUAAAGCUCAUUGUGCAUCAGUCCUGAGCCUCUACUAGACCUGGAUCUGACUGUCGACCUACACUGUUCAUAACGAGUUCAGUGUGAAGCCUGCUGCAGCGUAGUGCUAAAGCUGCUCAGAUCACCACAUCUGAAACACUACCAUGUAUAUUACCAUGGUGUAUAUAUAUUAGCUUUACUAAUAAAGUGUCGGGUAAAAAGUAGUGAUGCUUAGGAAAAAAUCUCUAAUAAAAUAAUUUAAAAACAGCGGAUUAAAUUCUAUUUUUUAUUAGUUAGCUGCAAAAUUAAAUGAUUAAACUUAAUAGAAGAUGAGGGAAAAGCAAGCCUGUAGUACAGAUUUAGAUUUUAGUGUCCAAUCAGGACUCGUGUUAUAAAAGAACUGUUGAUUAAUGAAAUAUCUGAAGAAAAAAAUGUAUGGUGUUGUAAUUUAAUUAAAAUAUAUCAGAAUUCUUCUGCCAGAAAAGCUGCAUCUUUGUUGUGGUAGCUCCUCACAACUAUUGUACACACUUCUAGUUGUUUAGAAUUGCAUUGCAGCUUUAGGAGCACAUAACCUGAGUCAUAUAAAAUCAGGUGUGGAGCAGAGCUCUAAAAAAACAACACAACCUUAGUGCUUUAGCGAUGUACCUUCCUCCUGUAACCUGUUUAUUCAGUGCUUUUCCCCAGACAUUCUGCUAUAAGACUUUUGAGUGUUCAUCUAUUGACGCAGACACUUGGAGCAGGAAGUGGUGCCUUGUAUCAUUUCCCAGCUCUCCUCCCAUCUUAUUUCAUCCUUCUAUCAUGAGUGGCUUGUUUUUUUUAGUUUUUUUUUUAACAUAUAAAAUAAUUGGAUUCUGCAAAAGCAAGUCUCAUUGAAAACUGAGCUGUGUGAAAGAGCAGGAAGCUAUUUCCACACAGUCACUCAUACAAUCAAUAUUUCAUGCAGCAAAUUUUCAGAAUUAUAAAUAACAGUAUGACAUUUCUUCCGCUUGUAAUUCUCCAAAUAUUUCAGUUCCCAUUGAUUGCGUGUGGUCCAGCAUCGUCCUGCACUUCCUCUCUUUAUAGAACCAUCUGAUGAAUAGAAACGUAGCCCUGGUGUUAGAUUUGUGUUGAAUAUGCUUUGAGUCUCCUGUCAUUUGUGAGUGUGUGAUGUGAACUAAUAGAAAAAUGCAGCAAAUCAGUUCUAUUUAUUGUAUCUGAAGCGAGUAGGCCAGUGUGUGUAAUGUUAAACAGUCCUUAUGCACCACUGAUGUGGAAUCAGUGCAGCUGUUUUUCUGCAGCGUUUAGCAUUACACUUGCAUGAAAUUGUGACAUCUAUAUUUAGAGAUUGGUAUCUUAUAGUCGUUUAAAUUCUGCAUCCUGCACACAUGUGGGCUGCAAUGGGCCAGUAAGUGCAAUAUUUUAAAUCCUGUUUCCUGUACAUACUGUAGAUGUGUAAUCUGAGGAAUGUGUAUAUCUGUGUGUGUGUGUUAGAAAGAGAGAGAAAUAAUUCAUGCAUAUAAAAUCUAUUUGAAUGAGAAAUCAGUGUGAAUCAUACUGUGUGUGUGUGUGUGUUAGGAUAAAGCUUGAAUGUUGAAAUGGGAAAUGCUGUUUUUAGACACUCCACUCCCACUCAUUCACCAUCUUUUUCAUACUGAUGUGUUCACUGAAAAUAGGAGAGUAAUAAGUGUGUGUGUGCGCGCAUUUGAAAUGAAACACUAGUUUCUUGCCUAAGCAAGUGGUAAUAUGUGUAUGUGUACAUCCCUGUGAGAGCCGGAGCAUGUUUGAUGUCAUUGUACUGACAGUAGAAGAUUCUUCAUUUGCAAAUGAGCCAGUUUAACCAAGAUUAGACUCUAGUAGGAUGAAUGUUAAUGGAUUUUUUUAUUACUCAAGCCCUAUAAGAGACAAAUGAAUUAUGGACUGAUGAUGAUAAUGAUGAUGAUUGUUAUUUGAUUGAAAAACAAUUCAUUGUCUACAGAAAUCAAACCCAUCAUGACAUGACAUUUGAUUUUGCCGUGCUGUGUGUAGGAAUUCCUGUUAAACUGGUUGUUUUGUUUAUAUGUGAUGAGUGUAUGACCAAAUGUUACUGUUGAAAAUACAGAUAAACCUACAGACUGUAUUCAUACUUAAAUAAAGUUAUUAAUGAAGCA